AUGAACACGAUAAAAACAAUAACUAUUAGUCCUUCGAUUCGAACGGGAACUAUUAUUCUCGCCUCUAUCAAUUUAUUUUUCACAAUAGGUGGUGCAGUAGCUUUUUUGGGAAAGCCGCAAGAAUAUGCUCCUGAUUUAGCGAAAGCCGUUACAUUGAUCUUUGGUAUUGCCUUCAUUAUUUCGACAUUGGUAACUUUGUUUGGAAUUAUUGGUUCAAUUUUGAAAGCUGCUGCGGUUGUCCGUAUAUCCUCUGUAAUGUUAUGGUCUUUCGUAAUUAUUUAUAUUAUUAUUGCCCUAAUUACCAUAACCAACCAAUUUCCCAAUAAACAAACUGCUAUUGAGAGAUGCACUUCAGAUACAUCUAUUAUAUCAAUAACAGAUAUUGAUGAUUAUUGUCAAGAUCGUGAAUCUUGGAGAAUUAUACGCAAUAUUGUUUUAGUAGUUCACCGUUAUGCCAAAAAACUUGAAGAGGAUUACUAUGAACAUAGAAAAAUUCAAAAAGGAGUAAAAGGGGUAAAAGGAGGUGAUACUAUUUCUAAAGAUUUUAAUCUACACGCAACACAUG